AUGUACCAAGUGAAGCAACCAUUCACUUUUUCUCAAGAAACAAAUCCAACCCAAACCGGAGAGAAAGUUGACGUGGCCUUGAAGAAAUACAUGGAGGAGCAGAGAUUGAUCACCAAGAACCUAUAUGAGAAGCUUGAUCACAUGUUUGGUGAUCUAAGCAGCAAGUUUGGGUCUCUCUCUACUCACGUUCAAAAGCUUGAGGUGCAAAUCGCUCAAACAGCCGAGGCGGCCAAGAAACAAAAUGAGGUAAACACUCAAAAAUUUUGUAGUGUUGUCUCAUCUAUAGAUGGCACAAUUGUUCCUACACUAUCUCAAGGGGAAGAAGAAGAAAAUGAGCCUAAGGAGAGGCACAAACCGGAGAGAUACAGUUGGGAAUCAAGAAGAGCUUACAAGAGAAGACUUGAAGGCAAGCCACUACAAAAACAAGAAGAUCCGGGGAAGUUUGUGAUAACUUCAAGUAUCAAUGGCAUUCAACUCCACGAUUGCCUAUGUGAUACUGGUGCUAAUGUUAAUCUAAUGUCUCUUGCACUUGCAAAAGAUUUGGGAUUCAAGGAAUUCAAGAGCCCCAAGAUAAGAGUCGAGUUCGCGGACCUAUCGUGCAUGGAACCGUAUGGAAUGCUUGAAGAUGUCAUGAUGGAAAUAGGGGGUCGAUCAGUCCCAACUGACUUUCAAGUCAUGAUUUGGGAAGGCUCAAAGAGGAAUCAACUGAUUCUUGGAACCCCAUUCCUUGCUACAGCUGGAGCGGUCCUAAACUACUUUGGGAAUCAUCUAUCUUUUGGCCACAUCCGGCAAGAUAUCUUUUUCCCAAGUGUAAAUUUCAGGUCAGUGCCAAGUGCGACCAAGCUACCACCAGAAGAAGCCACUCUCAUUACCAAGAAAGAAGCCAUAAGAAUCUUUACACCAAAAGAUUCGGAGCUUAAAGGUGACCAAUCCAUUGAAGAGAAGCUUGAGAGAACUAUGAAGCUUUUCCCCAAGGCAUUGGUUUUCAAAGAUGAUGUGAGAGAUGACUAUGGCGCGACAACAACCACCACAAGAAGCCACUGA